AUGGCAGAGGAGAGUGAGCAUGCGAGCGAGAGAGAUCGCGAAACUGAGCCGCGUAUCGAUCGGGCCAGCAGAAAACUACCCCCUAGCAGGAGACUUCGCAGUGUGCGAGAGACCGAUCACGUACGAGAGUAGUCAGUGGGGUGCUCACUCGCGGUGCUCGUGGGCCCACGCGGAUUCCCUUCUGUUCCUCACGCACGUAGAGGCCACGCAUCCGCUCGUGUCUCUUUCAUCGACGACGUGAUCCAUCGACGUCGUCCACGUCGCCGUCCACAUCGGCGUGCGCUAGGGCGUACAGCAUUUGGGGGUGUUCGGUUCGCGCCGGAGGGCUGAGCGUUCAAAGGUCGGGACGAUUUACGUUUGAUCCAGGCAACGACACGACAGCAUCAUGGCGUUCGCCGGGCUCAAGAAGCAAAUCAACAAAGCGAAUCAGUACAUGACAGAGAAGAUGGGUGGAGCGGAGGGAACGAAGCUCGACGUUGAUUUCGUGGAUAUGGAGAGGAAAACAGACGUCACGUAUGAACUUGUGGAGGAGCUACAGAUGAAGACGAAGGAGUUCCUUCAACCAAACCCGACAGCAAGAGCGAAGAUGGCUGCAGUCAAAGGUAUCAGCAAGCUCAGCGGUCAGGCAAAGGCGUCCACUUAUCCUCAGCCGGAAGGUGUACUUGGCGAUUGCAUGCUCACUUAUGGCAAGAAAAUGGGCGAAGACAGCAUUUUUGCCCAGGCUCUCAUUGAAAUGGGCGAAGCUAUGAAGCAGAUGGCAGACGUGAAGUAUUCUCUGGACGAUAACAUCAAGCAAAACUUCCUCGAACCGUUGCACCAUCUGCAGAUCAAAGAUCUCAAAGAAGUGAUGCACCAUCGGAAGAAACUGCAAGGCCGUAGACUGGACUUCGAUUGCAAGCGAAGACGCCAAGCAAAAGCGACUGGAAAAAGAUCCGUCAGUCCGCAUUUUGGAAGUCCUGCGCGAUUGGGCAUCUCGUCGCCAUAUACUGGUUCUCACGUUUCAGACGACGAGAUUCGUCAAGCUGAAGAGAAGUUCGAGGAGAGUCUCCAUUUGGCACAGAUGGGCAUGUUCAAUUUGCUGGCGAACGACGUCGAACAAGUAGCACAAUUGGCAACUUUCAGCGAGGCUCUUCUUGAAUAUCAUCAACAAUGCACUGAAGUCCUCAAGGGAUUGACGGAAACACUCUUGGAAAAGAAAGAAGAGGCCGUACACAGACCAAAGAUGGAAUUUGUGCCGAAGACACUGGCGGAUCUGCACGUGGAUAGUGGAUUGCCGACAUCGGACCAUAUGAACGGUGGGAACUUCUCUCUUCACGGGGCAAGUCGGGCCGGCUCUCCGAUUCAUGCGGACGGGAAGCGCUCGCAGCUCGAGCUAUUUCCGGCCGGAAACCCGCCACAAUCUACUAAUGCUUCACCCUUGCCCUCGCCGAGCAAAUCACCAGCGAGAACGCCGAUGACACAGAGAACGCCGUGCUGCACAGCUCUGUACGACUUCGAGCCCGAGAAUCCUGGGGAACUUGGAUUUAAGGAAAACGACACGAUCACCUUGACCCAGAAGAUCGACGAGAAUUGGUUUGAGGGCAGUCUGGACGGUCGCACCGGUUACUUCCCUGUGACCUACGUGCAGGUCGUAGUGCCAUUACCCUAAGAGGACGCCGCGCAACUCGAAGCCAAAGACCCAGCGUAUUCGUUCACUAGCGUCUACCAUUACAGGAUUACUCUGCUCUCCAGCUAGCCU